UUUUUGGAAACAUACACCUGAUAUCAAUCGCCUCAUACAUCAGCAUUCACACUAUUCUGGAUAAGGAAAAGCCUGUGGUGCCCUCCUGUUUGGUGGGGCACCGGGUGGCUUCUUGCUAGUCGUGGAAUAGUAGACUCCAUUACAACUACUUUUUUUUCAACAUUCUCAAAAACCUGGCAUCGUUCCACAUUUUCAUCCGUCGGGUGGAAAGCUGAAGGACUUCUAAGUGGAGAAGAAGCUCCUGCGAUAGUUAGCUUCAUCAACUUCAUCAUUCUGAGAGCAGGAGUUUGAAUACUUCAUCAGAGAGCGGCACAGCGCCUGAUAUUAAUUGUCGCACGGCUACACUAAACCACUACUGAUAGGUCUCGCCUAUUCUGUUUCAAGAGUAGACGCGGAUUUAUUUUUUGACUGUAGAAGAGCAUUCGCUCCUUCUGCAGUAGCAGUGGCUCGGUGCUAGAGCUUGCGAAAGGCAAUUGUGAGGGCUGCUGUACGGCGGUCGUCAAGUAGAAGUUGAGUACUUACGCGACGAGGAAUAAAAGAAAAUCGGAUACAACAAUUUCCCAUCACGAAACAAGACAACUUGGCUUGCAAAAAGUCACCCUUGUCUGCUCGUCGUGUAAGAUAUUGACAGGGCUACGGUCACUGUAUGGUCGGCCCGUAUUACUUUUUGAAGGUACGGGACGCUGGAAUAAGCCCGUAAGGAAAUCGGUCGUUUUUGAGAUUUUGAAAAUCAGUGGACCAUGGCACCGGUAAUGGCACAGAAGAAAGUAGACACCGGCCCGGCCGUCACCUCGGGUGGACCGGAGGGCGAUGUGUCGGCCGAAUUGUUUAUCGGUAUGAUCAGCUUGCGAACGUGCCCAGAGCGACGCGCGUUUUUCGAACAUGGGUGGCGGGAGCAAGUCGGUAUGAAUGAUUUGAAGUUUUUGCGUUAUCAACGAGGCGUCGAUUUUGAAUCCGCCUGGCGAGUAGGUGGCCUAGCAAUUAUCCACGGAUAGCAAGAAAGUGGGAUUAUUUUCUUGUAUGCUCGUGUGCACUUCUUGGGUUCGAUAUGCAUGAGAACGAAAAUGGUUUAUCUUUGGCAUCUUCAGGUAAAUUCGCGCAAAGUCCCGACAAGGCCGAUGAGUUCAUGGGCUGUAAGGUGCACUACCACGUUGCAGAUCUGGAUCCGGAAGGUGGCGUGUUAGGUUGCACGCGAAGCCACAUGGCUUUGUACCAGAAAGCGGUCGAGAGCAGCCCCAAUCUGAAGGCGGCGAUCAUCUUCGAAGAUGACGUGAAGGUACGGUGGAAUAAUUCCCCUUUUCGAUAAUUUAGGAUGAGCAGGAAACAGGCGCUUUGAACAAGAUGAAGAUGUUGUACAAAUGAAAUUCCCGUCGCCCUACUGUUGAAGAAUGAUUAUGCGAACAUGCAAGAAGCGUACUAGGAAUAGGAAUAGGAAAGGACUGUAUAGCGAAGAUAACUUCAGAUUCAGUUGCAGAAUGAGGCAUUCAGAAGUGCAGCCACUGAAGUAAAAUUUCAAAUCAAAUCCAUCAAAUGCCUCUCGUCAACACAAGUACUGACAUACCGAAAAAAUGAAUCUCUCUCAGGUGAACAGCCACUUUACGCCGUCAGUGAUUCAGGACCUCCUUCAGGUGGUCGAGUCUGGAUGGGACGUGAUCCGGUUCCAUAAAACGGGAAUUUGCAAGAUCCAUGGCGCGUUGUCCGAGAACCUGUAUCACAGCUCAAAUCUGUGCGGGCGGGGAUACAUGAUUUCCAAGGAGUUGAUGCAGUACGUGCUGAAGUUCGACAGCAAGGAAGUGGUGCCCUACACGUAUUUCCUGCCCAAGGGAUCCAGUCGCCAGCUCACCUACCAUCCCUCGCUGAUCACCGAGGGUGCGUUCGGUUAUCAAAUGCAAAAAUGUCUGGGUCUGGAAGAUUGCGAGAUUUGUCAUGCUGUUUUUGAACUCUAAAAAAAUUUGUAUUGCAUGACCAGCAAGAGGGGUCCGGUUUGUGCUACACGGACAGGGCAUUUCUCAUGCGGAAGAUGCAUCAGGACGCCCUCUAAAAGUCUUUGAGGCUAGGUCAUGCAUUACAGGCAUCAUGGAUCAUGAGAAAUAUGCAUGACAAAGCUGGCAAUCUUCCAGACCGAGACAUUUUUGCAUUUGAUAUCGGUAGCUGGAAUACCAAGGGGUUCGGCCGCGACGCCGGGGCCGCGCAGGACAAGGCGACAGAAACAGCGUCUACUCCAGCGAAAAGUUCUCCUGGUAAAAAAACCGCACCAGCAUCAAAGAAGACCGACCAGACGGUAACCGCGAUGAAAGGAAGUUUUGCACCGAGUAGUAGAACAGACGCAACUACAUCGAAAAUAAUAAAACCGGCAACUACUAAGGAGGAGCACGCGUCGAAUUUCUCCGCGCUUGCAUUGCUGCAGUGGUCACUGAAAUACACGACCGCGUUGGAGCAGCUGGUUGCGAACGUGCACUUUUUCACCAACCUGCCGUCCCCGCUGUUUACGGAGAAGACGUUUCCGAAAGCCGAAACGUUCGCGGCCCCCUGUCGCGAGGGCGGCGGUGCAGCCACGGCCACCAACAGCAACUGGGCGUACUACCGUGCGAAGAUAGGUCGCUACGAGCCUAUGCCGGGCGUCUGCCCGCGAAGGUUGAGCAACCUCGGUGCGGACUACUUCUUGCGGGAGAAGCUGUUCGGCGGGAGUCAAGCUGCCAAGGAAGAAAAUAAAAUGAGCGCGGAAGUGAGGCGACGAAAACAUCUGGCACGGAGAGAAAAGAGGACCGGGCUGCUGCACAGGUAAUUUGUUUGUCAGUUGUUUGUUACUUUGCAUGACGGGAGUGAAAAACUACAGGAGUUCCUCCAAUUGGUUUGAAAUGAGUGACUAGAAAUGUCCUCUAUCAUGCAUUGUUACUCGACGAGGACUUUCGAUUUUUUCUUGAACCACGAGCAACCAUUACCGCCACUUCUGCUGAAUGCCAUUCUUGCGGUUCCUGCUUUAUUUACUUUCCUGUUUGAUAAAACUAAAACUUGAACGUCCGUGACUCGAAAUCCGCGAAACAAUCACGCAGAUAUUCCGACGUGGAAGGGGGCAGCACAAGUUCCUCCCUCGACAACAGCGAGUACGAUGUGAUCGUCGUUGGUGCCGGGAUUGCGGGGUCUUCUACCGCAUACACGCUGGCCGAGCGUGGGGCCAAGGUUUGCUUGGUCGAGCAGUGGGACGUGGCCAACGAAAACAAGCGCGCGCACGACCCGAAUUCGGAGUCGAUGGGCAGCAGCCGGGGCGGGCCGCGCAGGAUUGGCACGUUGGACCUGGCGCCCGGGACCCGGGUGCGGGAGGCGUGGACAAGUUGGUGCGAUUUGAAGGAAAUAGAGAAAAUCGAAGAGGAGGAGGAGGGCAGAACAACCGGGCAAAAAAGAAAGCCACCGCUGCCACUGUUUGACGUAAUCGGGGAGGUACUCGUCGUUUCAAUCUUCCCCUUCGGCUGGUUGCUGCUGAUCGCGUUUCUGUGCUGGUGGACGCUCCGCCGCGUUUUCGCGGGCGCAGACUCCCUGCCACGGGGGUUGGAACUGCUGUGGAACCGCACCCAGGUGCUGAAUAAGCUCCCGAAGAACGCGUUUCAGUUCAAAUCCUGGAACGUGUUUGGCAUCUACUACAGCGACGCCGCGGCCCUGUACACCAAGCAGAUUUUGGCGUUUUUCCACAAAAAAGGAAACUUCGUUUCCUUGGAGAGCAGCUGCACUAGCGAUGUUAAGGGUCCCGCCGGGCAAGCAACCUUGACAGGAGAAGGUGGACAUCAAUCUCCAGUUCUUGUAGACGGCUGCAAUGGUGGUAAAAAAACAGAAAAUAGUAAUUUCGCUAUUCGGGGGAACACCCGCGUGACCAACGUGCGGAAAGUGAGAAGUAAGAGUCCCGAUAGGCAUAGCAAAAACGCCACCGCGACCGAGACGAUAAUCGUUGUAGACUGCGUGGACGUGGUGAGGCAAGAAAAGUACACGACGGGCGGAUCAACAACGACAUCCUCGACCGGAAUAAGUAAACCUGCCGAGGACGAGGACGCAGACAGCCAGGAUCCGACACACAGCUCCUUCCAGCUGCGUGCCAAGCACGUCGUGAUUGCGGGGGGCGGUUGGACCGGCGAGCUGCUCGAGAACAUGGGUUUCAAGACAAAGACCAAGAUCGGCGUCUUCACGUGCCCCAGCUACGAUGUGAAUGUCAACAAUUCCGCGGAAACUAGCCCAGGAGCUAUUACAAUGAAAAAUGCCCCCACCCCCGAACUUGGCAGCAUUUGUAUUGCAAACCUUUCCAAAUGAAACACUCGACCUCUUGCAUCUAUCAGCAUCACAAGUUUCCAAUCGUGAAUAGCAAAAAUUUGUAUUGCAAAAGACCCCAGCAAGAGAGGCGCUUGUCAUGCAAGCGAUGCGAUACACGCCUAAACCCUGCAUCAGAAAGAUUCAUACUCCUUUCAUGCAUGACAAAGGGUUUUCUUUCGGAAACUUCGCAUCACAACUUUUUGCGAUUUCAGGGAAGGGGGGCACUUUUCACUGUAAUAGGAGCAGGAGCCCCUUCAUCGCCAAACAAGCGACGGAAGGCAAGUAUCGAUUGUAAAAAUGUCUGGGUCUGGAAGGUUGGGACUUGUAAUGCUAGCUUUCCAUACCUAGAAAAUCUGUAUUGCAUAACGAACAAAAGUCGCAGCCUCUUUUGUCAUGCAAAGUCGCAGUUUCUCAUGCGGAUUGCCUAUGAGAAAGCGUUUUGGGAAGUUGUCAUGCCGGACUGCAUUCGGAAGUGUUUUCAUCAUGCACAUUUUAGCAUCACAAGUUUCCAUACCCAGACAUUUUUGCAUUUCAUAGCAAGCACCUCCCCGCAGCCGCCGCCACUGUCGGUGGAGAAUCACUGCCCGCUUUUUGCGUUCCCGGGUGCAAGAAUCUACGGGUUCCCCAUGGCAGUCGCGCACGAAGGGCAUAAGGUAUUGGAUGUUUCAUUUCGUAUUUUUUCAUCUCCGUCUCGGUCUCCUCCUCUCUGUUCGAGCGUCAUUUUAGUUGCUAUCAUUUCUACUACAAGCUACUACUAACACCGUAAGUCUGGAAGGCGUGGCUCACCAGCAAAGUUUUAGACUUUCUUGUUGACGGGCAAGAAUGUGGCUCGAUCUCGCUAAACAUGCGUGUGCCAUCAAUUCGAUUCCACGGCUACUGCAGAAGUGUAAAUUCAUUUGCAUGUCGCAGUACGAGCAACACCAAAUCCAAAGCGAAAGUGUACGCGAUCGAAAUAUCUACAGGUGAUGUCCAUCCGUCCCAACUACCCGUCCAAGUGGUGUGCGGAUCCGGAGAACCAAACGCAUUCGGACGACCACAUCGCCACUGUGGAUCAGUUUCUGACGGACUACAUUCGGGAGGACGCGCUCGUGUCUAAAAAGCCGGCUCAGCAGUACAGCUGCCGAUACCCGCAAUUGUCAAUCGGUAUACAACUAGAACAAUGCAACUAACUGUUUAUAGUUUGUGAGCAGCUGAUGUGGUCCGUAUCCUCUCUUCACGACCGCAGGCUCUGCCGUGGUCAUGACAAGUAGGUACAAGAAACAUACUACCUAGUGGAGCAACUUAUGUCUAUUUUUCAUCUUCUUACUCUACCGCAACCCCUCUCUGUUGUUGAGAAUAGCCAAGGAACGCUUUUUGUCACUGCGAUCAUCGAAGAGAGCGUGUGGCCGCGCGUGAUUCUCUAUGUGAAAAAAUAACUGCGCGACUACGUACUCGCACUCGACUCCUUCUUCAGGUUCCGAGGAGAAGUUUGGGGCAAUUUUGGAUUUCAUUCCGGACUAUGACAACCGGGUGAUUCUCGCUUCCGGGCUGGACGGCUACGGUUUCAAGUACGGCUCUCUGUAUGGAAAAGAGGUGCUCGACCUCCUCGUGACGCACCAGAAAGUCGCGGGCCUGGAGUGGGAAAAGAAACCGGCGGAGAACAUUCUGCUGCGGUUUCUGCAUAACGUGCUCGAUAAGCUGCUGAAGAUGGCGGGAGGCGACGAGGAACAGGACCCGCUGCUGAAGAAAACAGCGAAGCAAAACCACUACGCGCAGACCCUGAUCAGCUGUUGCUGCAUCGCGGCCGUUUUUUUCCUCUGCCAGGUCGACUUGGCCUACCGCGGCGCCGGGAAGAUAUUAAAUUCGAGUGGUUCUACUUCUAGCAGCGCUGAUUACCACAAUGCCGAGGCAGGUGCUUUUUUCUCGCAGACGACCAAAACCCGGUUUUUCUUCGCUCUGCAGUUCCUUCUCGUCGUCUUCCUCAACUUUGCCUACUCCCUCGGUUUAUCAACUGCAAAAAUGUCUGGGUCUGGAAGAGUCGGGGCUUGUCAUGCACAUUUUGCAUGACCCGUGAGGUCUGUGAUGCUGGUGCUAGCAUCACAGAUUUUUUGAGAGCUUCUUGAUGCUAAUUACGCAUGAGAAGUGCCCUCUUCGCGUGCCAAGAGCUGGCUCCUCUUGGUGCUCAUGCAACACAGAUAUUUUUAGAAUCCGCAGACAGCAUUACAAGUUGCAAUCUUCCAGACCCAGACAUUUUUGCAUUUGAUACGGUUCGGAGCAGAUUUACCGUACGCCGCGUUCCGCGGAGGACUGGAAGCGCGCCGGGCUCGUGUAUCGCAAGGAAAAAUCCCCCCUCCCCAUAUUGAAGAGGUAGGUUUUCGAAAAUUUGUGUUGCUGAUUUGAGGUCACAAAUCACGUGUGUGUUGCAAGAAGACAAGGGCAGCAGCUUCCGUCCCAUUAUGGAGCCGGUUUGUCAUGCUGUUGAGCCAACAUCGCGGACGCUUUUCAUGCUAAGCGCCUAAGUCAAAGCCUCUCUAUUCAGGCUUGAUAUGGGUCUGCAGUCCUCUCCAGCAAGACAGAUGCGAUUUGUGUACUCAAAUACUGCAUCAGAAAUUUCGUUUUCGAUAUGGGGAGGGGGGAUUUUUCUUCUUGAUAUCGUGUGGGGCGUCCACUACUUAUGGGCGCUGGGGGCGCCGAUGGUGGUGUGCUACUUCGGCGUAGUGCUGUUCCAGCAUUGCGCCGGCUUUUUCUCUUCGUCCUUGAGUGGGACAACUGUUCUUGAACAGCAGCAGCAACAAGCCGCCGACCAGAAGAUUUUAUCGACGGUGCAGCAGGCCCUGCUCUUCCUGUUGUCCAUACUACUCACCGCGGCGGCCUGCUAUUUGCGGUACCGCAGCAUGGACGAAUGUGACCACUACGACCGGUCUAUCCCCCGGCAGAAAACAGCUAGCAAAGCAUAUGUGUCGUGUUAAUGCGAAAGUAGAAACACACGAAAAAAAUCAAAAAAAUUCCUGGGAUACAGUAUUCACUCAAAUGCAUUUUCAUCUUCCAUGACAGAUCAAAAAUCUUCUCCGUAUUUACACGAGUAGGCAGCUGCAUGCUCGCUGUUUUCUUUGUGAUUCCGUCCGCGCGGUGUCUGCAGCUUCCGGACGAGGAAUUUAGCGACAUGAAAAAGACGCACGAGACCAACACGGGCCGGAAGUCGAGCAAGUCGGAGCCGAAGACGAAGAAGCACAGCGGUACCACUAUUCAGGAAGUGGAGGACGUGCGCACGGUAACCAUGGCCGGCAUCUACAGCUACUGCCGCCACCCCGGGUUUGCCGCCCACAUCUUGCACGCGACCGCGCUUGCCUUCGCGGUUGUCGCGCUUUUCUGCGGAUUCAGUUCCGUCACCGCGGAGGACGCUGCUAAUGGUUCCAGGAACAAGGAAGCCGACAUCCUCGCGGCCGCAGCGACGGUGACCACAGCAGCAUCCCGCUUCUGGCACUUCGCCUCGCUCCAAAGCUAUGCCGCGUCGGGGACCAAGCUUGUGCUGUUCAUGGUCCUGAUCCCCCUGCUGCACUUCGGGAUCGCACUGCAGAUCUUCAGCUACAGUGCCAAUGACGAGGAGCGCGAGAUGCUCAAGUCGGAGGAGCUGCGCGCGAACUACCUCGAGUACCAGCGACUCGUUCCCACGCAAUUCAAUUUCCUAACCAAAGCGUUGGAGCCCGUUGGCGAGAUGGUGCGUGGGGUGCGCUGCGGGAACGGCGUCGGCGGGGUGAGUGAGCGUCGGAUUUUUUUGAAACUCCUGGCUCUCUUGCAGGGAACCCCAGUAGAUUUCCUAGACCCGGUCAAGGAUCCAGAGUUGAUCGAGAAAGUUCUGGAGGGAAGCAACAAAGGUAGUAUAAGUGAUGUGAACUGCUGGUACAUCAAGGAGAUGCUCCGAGAACGCAAUUGAAUUGGUUGUACUACAGGAAUCUCAACUGCGCUCUUAGAUCUCAACGUUGAGACCUCACAGCUCAACGUUGAGAAAUAUACCUCAACGGCCGGCACACAAAAUAGGGCUUGGGGUUUAGGGUCGUCGGGCAGGGCAGCCGCCGCCGGCCGGCCGGCGGCGGCUGCCCUGCCCGACGAUUCUCUUCUUCUGCCGUUGUGCUGUGCCUUCCCGGCGCGCGUGCUCCCGUUGCGCCUUGUGCUUUUCGAAUUGCGUGGCCUUCGUUUCCCGCCCGGUGGGUCUGUUGCUUUGCUUUUUCCAUGGGGCUGCCGUCUUUUGCGCCGGUGAGUUCUUGGCCGUGUUUUUCGUUGAGACCAGUCGUUGAGGUCAUCGGAAAGUCGUUGAGGCCUAUCAGGCCGUUGAGAUGCACUCGUUGAGUUGAAACCGUUGAGAUUCCUGUAUAACAACCAAUUGAAUUGCUAUGAAUGACUUGUUUUUUGCGGCCACAUAGCAGGUACUACUUUAUCUUACCACACUAGAAAUACACGGCACCCGAUUUUAUAGCUAUCAAUCUACAACCUCUGAUCGCACCCCUGAUGGAGUUUUUAUCGCACACAGGUCACUUCGUGGAAGAGCUGAUCGCCUGCCCCGCUUGGAGUCCGGUCCGUUCGGUGGAAUCGGUGACGUACCCGGAAGCGAUUAAGAUGAAGGAGUCGCUGGGGAUGGUGUUUGCGCGAAUCGACAUCUUUGACCGCCUCGACAAGGUGAUCGAUGAGGUGAUCGAGCGCGACGCCAACCUACGGAUCGGCACGGCCAACAGCCGCAUGCAGCGGAACGUGUCGGAGGUGACCACGGAAUGCCCCGACUUCCUGUCCACCCCAAGCUCGACCACAAUCCACACGAUGACGCCCACGGCUUCGACCCUCACCGCGCAGUCCUCCACCACCCACGACAGCAGCCGCGAGGUGAGCGACGUGGAAGAGUUUUCCGCACAACAUCUGCACGUCGGUGGAGGUGCCACUACUUCCACUGCACCGGGGCCCCCUGCUUCAUCCGAAAUGAAGUUGACCCUGGGCAAGUUCGACAGCAGCGCCAGCAGUAACACGACGGACGUGCACGACUGCCAGAAGGACAAGAACUCAACCUCCUCGCAGGACGUGGACACCGCUAGCUCCCGGCCGCGGACCGGCAGCGAUGUGGCCGGGUGCUCGUUGGAGGAGUUGACGGGGACUGCAGCCGACAUAGGCGCCGCCGCGCAGACGGGCUGUACCAGCAUGAACAAAUCAGAUCAUCUCGAGCCGCAGCCCACUAGUGCAACUUCUUGUCGAGAACUACACCAGCAGUCUACUUCAACGACAGCAUCGCAGACGGGGGGAGUGACCGCAACGUCAAACACGUGGGCCUGCCCCAAGGAGCCUUCGUCGUCCCGACCGUCGCCCACGACGAGCAAAACGAAGAAGCUUUCGUUUUCGAAGAGCAAGGAGGAGUGCGAGGUGAAGUGCGCGGACGUGACGCGGCACUCGUUCGAGAUCUUCUACAAGCUGUUGACGGACAAGUACCCCACGCCGGAAGAGUGCGACAUGGCGCACCGCGCGGUGGACGAGUGGCGCAAGAUGAUCGCGAUGAAGGGCCUCGCGGACAGCGAGCUGAAACUCGCGUUUCUGGCCUUCAUGCGGAAAUCGCUGAAGGAAAGUCCGUUUUUCCGGAACCAGAGCGGGGAGCAGGAUCCUGGCGCAGCGGAACCACACGACGACGGAGUUCAGCUAGGGAGGACCUCAAGAACUACGUCCAGUACAACGACCGCGGACCGCGACGCGCUUGCCCCGUCUCAGCCCAAUCCGGUGGUGCGGAGGACCCGGUCCGAGACGCAAAAGAUGGCGGACAACUACCACUUCGAUUGGGACAACAUACAAACGCUCUCGUGCAUUCUGCAGCCCAUGAUAAUUUCGCCCAUGAUCAACUUUGCCGACGUGUUCAGCUCCUUGAAAAAGAUACUAGACCGACACCCCCACUGGCGAGAAGAAAUCUGCAAUCCCACGCAAUUCUCGAAGGUAAAAAACAGUACAAACAUGGUGAACUAAAUGACCUACUUAGUGUUUUUGAAAGGUGCAGCUUUAGUAUCCAAGAUUUUGUUGAGCAUGACUUGUGUCAACUCGUUUCUGGGAAAUACAAGUACCACCUUUCUCGUCGCCAAAAAGAUAGGAACAAAUGCCAGCCUGUCUGAACGUCAAGUGCACUGCUAGUAGAUCGGGGAUUUUGUUGUAUUCUUCUGCAGCAUUAUUGUUUCUGAAACAUGAGUUUGAGUAUAUAAAAAUCACACACAUUCACGUAAUACUUUUCUUUUUCACGACACUCACAGAACCCCGACCCGAACGCGCAGCCCCACCCGAACACGGGCAUCCAGUUGGGUCUGCGGGAGCGAACCCCCAGCGAGGAGGUGGCGGACCGCGUGGUGUUGGAGGGCAUGCGGUGUGCGCACCCGUUCCCGAUUCUGGAGCGGACCGUGACGAAGGACGUGUUUGACGAGGCCACGGGCGACGUCCGGUUCAAGAAGGGUACCCAGGUGUUCAUUGAGUACGACCAGUAUGUGCAGGGCGAGAAGAGCACCUGUCCGGUGAGUGGUAUGAUGGCGAGCAGCGGGAUGGGAUCAUCCGCGUGCCCUUUCCUCGCGGCACAGCAGGAGCAUCAAACGAGUAAGGGCGGCGAAAGUGGAAGCAGCAAUAAACCCGCAGAUGCAACAUCAUCUUUGCCUACUGCAACCGAAUUGAACGCAUACGAGGAAGAAACCCCGUCCCUGUUUGAUCCAAAUCGGUGGCACGACGAGAAGAAGUGCCGCUUCCGUGCGGUGCCGUUUGGAGCGGGGGUGCGCCGGUGCUUCGGGCAGAAGGUGGCGCGCGUCAUCUUGCGGAAGUUGUUAGUCGCCUACGCACACAACUGGGACCGGUUUUGUCCCAGCAAGGGCCACGCGUUCUCUGGUCGCAACAACGAUGACGACCCCGGAGACACGCUCUACGUCGCAAAAUCGCUCGCACGAAUUCUCCUGCAGGGCCUGCAAUACCGCCUCAGUCACUGACACAGUCUUAGAUAGAAGACGAGAGGUGAGGAACAGGAUCAUCUUCAUCGAGUGAUUCAACGGGACUAUUCUUCUGCGAAAAUUAGAAAAUGUGAAAAUUUUAGAUUGGUACAAAUUUUUAUCGAUGCUGUACAAUGUUAAUGCUAUGAAAGUCAAAUGAUUAAAACUGAAAGCUUUGCGGUUUAGUAACUGCGUCUAUACGAUUUCAUUGUUGUAAAAUCUUUGCCGGAAAUAAUUAAAGAAACUAUUUCGACCCUGAAUCAAUGAGGCUCAUUACUAUUACAUUCUGGUGGUUUCAGGUGAAUACCCUGUACGAUGCAUAACCUGGAGUGCUGUGCGCACUUCCUUGUCACAGAUGCUGGCUCCAUAUCUUCUGGUAGACAAUCCCAAAAUGAUCUUCUGCAGCGCACUGAGUCAGUUUCUAAUUUCCUGCAGAAAAGAUGCGGAAGAUAGUUUCGAACACACGUCGGUUAGGCUGGCGUGAGUUUCGUCACGUCUCAUCAGGCAGGACCAAUAGGUAUCAGAGACACCUAGAAGUAGGAGGCUGUAAAUGUGGCAUGUAUAGAUGUGUGUAAUAGAAAUAUCAAAAAAAAACUUCCGAUGGUGGUGUGGAGUCGUUGUGUUAUCUGCUGACGUUGAUAUGACUGAUAUUCUACUUCUUCGAUAAACUCAUUGUCGAUACAUAUGUGGAGUUGGUUUGCUUACGUGGCUGCCUCGCAGUCCUAUCGCAAGGAUUUAUCGUACUUUUGCACUGCCUCUAUUUUCGCUGAGAUUUAUUUUUGCAUAGGGGUAAUAUCACUUCUAGUGCACUUGAAAAAUGACAUGAUAUAUGAUAAUUGAUGAAAUUCAGACGAAGUUUGUUCGGUGCAGCAGAUGGUUGCUAGUCUGCGCAUGCAGUAGAUGUCAACCGGGGUCUGAGUCACUCGCUGCUCAAGGCUAUGGCUGCAUCUAUCGUGUGCGGGGGGUUGUCUAGCAGCGCUUGCUUAUAUUUUUCUCUACUACGUAGCUUCACAGUUAUAUUUUGGGUUUCGGAUAACUGUUCGAAUGGCGGUUAUAGUUGUCCGAAUUUACGAAUACGAUAGGAGCUCGGGAUCACGAGACUUACAUUGUGGCUUUUGUUGAUACGAUUUUAUCAUUUUUGAACUUGUUAUUGACUAAAGAGAAUAUAGUAGAAAAUUGAUGUUGGCUAAUGAUAUGCACACCGAGAAUUUUUUAUUUGGGUACUACAUGGCUGUAGCUACAAAAACAAAACACACACGUACAUGAAAUGCCGUAGUGACAAGCUCGAUGCUGGGGGGAAGCAGGCGUUUGUAAACGACAAAAAUGAAAAUUAUGCUGCACAGACCAGUCGUGACUCACGCCGCAUCAAGAAGGUUUGGUCCUUCUGGCGGCCGUGUCCGCGUCCGUUUGGAAAGCAGCAAAAAACACCUCUGUCACAUAGAUUUACGGUUGUCCGAAUAAUGCAUCGCAAGGAAAAAAAUAACUAUAACUAUUCAUGAACAUCUAAAGAGCCACCAGAAUUAGGGAUCAAUUGAGUCUUCAGCUUUCCUAUGAUAAUGAUUAACCCGUACCAGUAUACUAGAAUACGAUAUCUACACUCGAGCCUCCUGUAUCGAAAAGAAAAAGGGUUUCUGGCAGCAUUGAUCAUAAUAGACGCGUGUAUCGCAGACGCAGUAUCCGUCCUUCUCCUUCGGCAAACGCUACUGCAGGUGUGUCGCUUCAGAAAGUCGCUUUACAUGAAAUACGAAAUUCAUAGUUUGGUGCUUGAAGCGAGUUUUUUGCGCAAAAGCAGACACCGCGGACACGAACCUGCCAGAGAGGAUGGAACGCGUCCAUGCCGAUAGGAAAGGCGAUCAUGCAGAGCAUAUUGAUAUUCACAUUUUCUGAUGCAGAAGUUUCAGUGUCAGUGACAAUGAGCAACGGAAUUAUGAUUCGCAGGCGAAUAGUUUCGAACGAGUUUUUAAUCACACCAGGUUUCUAGAUAAAUGCUUUUAGCUUGUACUUCACAUGAUCUAAUAUCACACCGUUUCUAUGACGUUAUGACACCACCGAUCUUGAUCUUUUUUCGGAAUUAUAGGCAAAAUAGAAGGAUUAGGCUCUUCUGAAUUGAUAUAGGCAAGGUUAAUGAAGUUUAACAGGAGUUUCGAUGUUGCAGGGGGUUGCGCAGUGAUCUACUUAGGCAAAGUUGUUGAAAUUUCUUUUGCGACGUUUCUUUCUAUCACAAAAACUUGUACCAAUUAGGCGAUGUUUGAGUAUUCUUUUUAGGGGAUGACUGAUAAUACAGCAGAACAAGCAGUAGAGAGCCACAUCUAUGCUGCGAUAGUUAUUUAUUACGAUGAAAUUAGAAUUUGACUUUUGACACGCGGCAUGAACACAGGAACCCCAAUCCAAGGCGGGUUCCAUAGCUCUGCCGUCGGUGCUGAAGCUUAUUUACUAAUUUUUCGGAAAACAUUUAAUGUACUCUUUUUUAUUACACGACGUAGUUUUGUUAUCUACCAUUUUUAUGAUCGUCCACUUUUUACCUUUAGCCCAACGAACCACACCCGCAACUGAGAUGAGAUUGGCCGAGUGGUAGCUACCUUCUGCAUUUUAUUGGCGACUCCAUUCCCGCUUCAAUAACUCCGCUUUUUUUUAGCGACACUGUCGGGAAGGAGUUGAUGGCUACUUGCAGGGGGGAGGUGCUUACUCUUAUUCACAGCACAGUUUGCCACGAGUGACGUUGCACCACAGCAAAUUUGAAAUCAGACUCGGCACAUUACCGAUACGAAGCUCAGCACAUCAUCACAAAUUUGCCCAACCACGACUCGCAAUGGCAAACGAUCAACACCGCAAAGCAAAACAUCGGAUUUACUACACUCAUUCUGUGCAGAGAAACAUCUUAUGGACAGGAAAUAACGAGGCGAAGAACGACCAUAGCAGAUGUGCUUUUCCCAUUUUUAUUUCCCUUAGAAAGUCGAUCGAAAAUAUCCGCCGCCCUGGAAGCAAACACUAACCCGAUUGAUGGUAUCUAAUAUAUUUGUU